AGCCACCGUCUGCUUUCUGCACUCAUGUCCGAUAAAACUGCACGGACGCAUACUCACGUCUCCAACCGUGCAAAAAAUAGAGCAACUGUCGAACGCAAGCCAGUCUUCAAAAGCGUCCUAGAUAAUCCCUUUCACGUUCGCUGGCCUUCCAUUCCCGUGAAUCUGCAAAACCUGUGUUUGGCACGCCUCGUUUCGAUUCUAGACGGUGUCUCUGAGUCCAGGCGCUCUCGGAACUUGAAUGCGCUAGAACAAUCGAAAAAAAAACUCAGCAGUCGAAAAAAAGGUCUGGAAGAAAAAGGCCAUGAACUUGCUGUAUCUCUCGACUCAGGAAUAGAUCCAGGUCAUACAGCUUUUCCGCCAUCCGGAGGAGAAGGACCUGUCACCCCCAGUACCGUGCCGAUUACUGCACCAGACGGUAAAAAAUGUCCUACUAUCCUUCAGCAUCUUUCUAUUGGUAUCAAUGAAGUAACUCGGAAGCUUGAAGCCCAAGUGCAAGCUUCUCGAAAUUUUAUCACUUUGUCAUCCUCCGACACUGCUUUACCUCCACAAGUUGUCCCGUCGCAUAUCGCAUGGGUUUUUAUCUGUCGGACCGACAUUGACCCUCCAAUCCUCAUUGACCACAUUCCUCAUCUAGUAGCAGCAUGCAACGCUGCUCUUCUUCACGCUUCCGCCAAAAGGAACUUCAGCCCCAUUAGAUUGGUCACACUGCCGAAGGGUUCCGAACUGUCAUUAGCUACAGCAUUGGGCCUGAGAAGGGCCGCCGCGUUGGCUGUGGAUUGUCAUGCUCCAGGGUUAGCGAUACUAGAAGAUGUCAUACCUUCCGUUGAUAUCGUCAGCGCUCCUUGGCUAGUGCCUCAUGGCACUCACAGACAGCUAAUUCCUACUCAUAUUAAACAAACGCGUACUUCUGCUCCAAAAGAUAUGAAGGCCGCUAAGGAGCACAGGGCGAUAGCUAGGACCGCGGCCAAAGCUGAGGCCAAGAAAAGAAGGCAAGCGUCUGCUCUACAAGAUAAGCAAAAGAAGGUCGUUUUGUCCACUCCAGUCGACAUCGUAGCAGACGCUGAAGGGGAUUGAGCUUCAUAAAGAUAACUUCUUUAGAAGAGUUCAUUGCCUUAACUGAUGUUAUCAUCAUAAUCAAUGUGGGACCUCUUACGCUAAUAUAAUACAGUAGGUCCACGAGAUGCCCAUGCUCGUAGAUAACCGAAGAAGAGGUUUGGGAUACUAUAAGGAAUUGCGGAAUUGCUCAGACAACCUUGCAUCCGCAUAGACCUUCGAGUGCACACAUUCUAGUUUUACAUGUUAUCAUGAUGAAGUCUACUAUGAAAACUGCU